GAUGGUUAGCGAGACAUGCGAAUCAAUUUAGCUAAUUUUGGAUCCCAUAAUUUGCGGUCAGUUAGAGUUCGUCGCUUGACGCGGCUGGAUAUCGUUUGUUUGUUCGUCAUCAUCUGGAAGAAUAUUUUUUUACGCAAUGAAUAUGUGUCCGGGAUCGGUAAUCCUAGUGAUGAUGUUGAUUAUGCGGUGCGGGGCCGUAAAGCCUUCAUCAAAUUUAGAUUUCACGGACGUUGAGGAUCCCGCAGAUGAUUCUGGUUUUGUAAACGUGUACCGGAAUUAUCCGAAAAUUCAGGUGACAGUUGAUACAUCCAAGUUGAAGCGUGUUGCCUCCAAAUCGCAGGCAGAAAGCGAUGAUAGUGAAUCGGGGAGUUCUGGAAGUUCAGGCUCGGAGUCGGUGGAAAGACCAACGAUAGGAGUUAAAACCGACAUUACCAUAGAAAUUUCGGAAGAAUCGGUGAAUGAAACAAAUACAGUGGAUGGUAAAGUGGAUUUUGGGAAACGGAAAGGAUCCAACGGGAAAAGUGGUAGCAAAAGUGACGAUGAUGAUAAUGCAAGUGUGCCAGUUUUUAAAGGAACAAAUGGGGUGCCCACGAAGGAGAGAACACCAAAGCCAACAAUAUUCACCGGUGGCAAUGGAAAACGACCGGGCGUCACGCUGAGUGCCAAGCCUACCACAUUUGUUCACAAUGACGAUGAUCGGAGGCCGUCUGGUCCACGUGAUAGUUGGAAUAGGUAUCAACCUACAGGAUUGUGGACAACCGAGCGACCUUAUAUCAGGAGAAUUGAAUAUGAUUACUAUGGUAAUCCUAUCUAUGUUAAAACCUACGUGCCCUACCAUCGAACGCAGCAGGGCCACCAGCAAGAUUCCAACGGCAACUGGAAACCAUGCUACUGCAGCCCCGUCUACCCACAAUCGUGGGAUCGUGCCCCGUCGAAUCCGGUUCUUCCUACGCCCACCCACCGACGGAAGGUUGACGAUAAAGUUGACAUCCCAUACAAGCAGCAUCGAGAUUAGUAAGGGUCAAAUCCGAAAAACGAACCUUUGUGUACAAACAUAUAUCACAUAAUAAAUGUCGUGUAUUUGUAAUUGA